AAUUCCUUCAUCCGGGUCAUAGAGUGUACGCGCGAAAGGAGAUUGCCGAAGUAAACAGUGAGUGAACUUGGACAACACAGAGUGGCGGUAUGUGAAAUGCGACCACGUCGCCAUAAUGGCAGAACCCCUGCCCCCAAAGAUGUAAACCCCACAGAACGUGAGCAGACAACCCCAUCUAGUGAGGAGUCACAUAAUACCGGUCACAACCUUCGACAAAGAACACCUAAAAAAGAACAGAAAGGAUCUGGAAUACUGUCCACUAUCAAAAGUUACAUUUGGUCCGAGAAGAAGAAACCACAAGACACUGAAAAAAUGCCUCCAUCAGUCACUGCAUUGAAACGAACCCGGAAGUCGGGAUGUAGUGACGUAAAUGACAACAUGUUGAUCUCAUCCACUCCAUGUGCUGCAAAACGUACAAAACUCACAAAUGGCACAUCUUCAAUUACUCAAAAUGGGGAUGUUAUGAAUAGCCCCGCUCCUAAGGGUACAUCACGGACCAAAAAGUCCACUGCGUCUGGUUGGAAACACACUCGAAGGAAGCGAGGAAAGGGAAGAGGUAAACAGAAUAAUGAUAUAAAAGACACAGAAGCAUGUGAGGAGACGAAACCAGAAGUCAGUGAAACAGAGGGGGAAGCUAUCCCAGAAGACCCUACUAGUCCACCAAGAAGUAGCCUUCUCGGAACAAUAUUCUCCCCCAUGUUUCAACUAUUCAACCAACAAAAUGGUGAGGCCACUCAGGAAGAUGAGUUGGAUGUGAUACAGAAGCUGAAUUUGGAGAUUAACGAUAACUGGGAGAGUGAGAAUGAUAGUGCAUGUUCAUCUACCACAACAAACUCCAGUAAGGAAAAUGCCAACCCCUCAGAGGAAGUCAGUUGUAUGUACUCUCAGGGCUCACAUGGAGGACAAACGGGGACAGUGGAGGCCAAUGGAAACAGCCAUGAGAUUGCAGAGUGUGAUUCAACAACAAUGCCCCUCUGGAUGCCCCAAGAGGAAGAUGAUACGUCUGAAGAAGUGAAUGAAUCCGGUGAUUUGGAGGAGUACGAUCAAUUUGAUCCGUACUAUUUUAUCAAGCAUUUACCAGAGCUGUCGGAUGAUAUGAGAGCUAAAGUGCCAUUUCUGCCAGUUAAGACCCGGAGCACCCCUGAGUUCUCGCUUGUACUAGACCUGGAUGAGACGCUUGUUCAUUGCAGUCUGAAUGAGUUGGAGGACGCUGCGUUCACGUUCCCUGUCCUUUUUGAGGACAUGACAUACCAAGUGUAUGUCAGAACAAGACCAUUUUUCCGAGAGUUCCUUGAGCAUGUCUCCAAGUUCUAUGAGGUCAUCUUGUUUACGGCAUCUAAAAAGGUUUACGCAAACAAAUUGAUGAAUCUCUUGGAUCCUCGUAAACAGCUUGUCAGGCAUCGCUUGUUCCGGGAGCACUGUGUUUGUGUAAAUGGCAACUAUAUCAAAGACUUGACCAAUCUAGGGAGAGAUCUUUCCAAAACCAUAAUAGUGGACAACUCUCCCCAGGCUUUUGGAUACCAGCUGGAGAAUGGAAUCCCGAUAGAAAGUUGGUUCAUGGACAGAGAUGACAAGGAGCUCAUUAAGCUAGUUCCAUUUCUGGAUGGCCUCAGGACUGUGCCGGAUGUCAGACCCCAUGUAAGAGAAAAGUUCAAAUUGCAUGAACUUCUCCCCAGAGAUUAGAAGGUCAUUGGAAGGUCAGAAUGACUCAGGUCGGAUCGAUCUAGGUCAGCAUAGUCUAUAAGGUCAACCUCUGAAGGUCAAAGCACUUCAGGUUAAAUCAGGAUAAUAGAAUAUAUUAUAUAUAUAUUUGGACAGGACUCCAAAUAAACAGAGAUACUAUUGACUGCAACAUAGUGGGUUAUGUUGACGAAAAUAUGAUAAUCAUUCUAUAAAUGAGAAAUCGAAUGAGAUGUUUGCUCUUUGUAACCAAGGGAAUCAAGCUAAACUUUGACUGCCAUUUUGUUUUUGAAAUAAUGUAAUUUUUGAUACUGGUUUGUUAUUUGUAUGGUCUGAACUUGUAACUUACAAAUAUACCAUACUACUCUCUUUGAGUAAUGUGGUGAUUUGUAUUGUUUAUAUUUUGUGUACCGGUGUUCUUGUUGUAAAAUACAUCUGAGGUCCAUAAUUAUAAUAGGCACUGCUCAUAUUUUUUGCAAUGAAUUCUAGGAUAUUAUGAUAUUAUAUUAGCCUUAAGGGGUAAAUGGUUGUAACAGAAUAACAUCAUCUGAUCAAUGUUGCAUAAUUGUAACCACAUUGUUCUCAGAUAGGAUUUCUUGAAAGUCUCCUAUAACCAACACAUUACAGCGUAAUAAGAAUUUUAACCAAAUAAGGCUAAAUUGCUGUUGCUGCAAAUGCUACCAUAUAUGGCAGUAAUUGUUUUAGAGUUAGCAAUAAGGAUGCAAGUAUACAUGAGAAGUAAUCCUUAAUGGAUCUUGCCUCUCUUAGAAUUGAGGAGGUGUAUUGUUUCUAUGUUAUGGUAUGUUGAACAUAAUGCAAAUAUAUAUACAUAUACAUUAAUUGGGCAUAAUAAAGCAUGCAUUGAACAAGUACCAUGCUCAUUAAUUAAUAUCCAACUAAAACAAGCUAAGUUAUUGAGCCAUUUGCUGCAUCUUUUUAUGACUGAUAAAGCUGAAAAUAUCCAGUCAUUUAUCUUGGUAUUCCUGAAGUUAGGCUAAAUAGAAUAGACAAAACAAAUUCAUUAUUUAUACCGUAAGUCUACUUAAAA